AUGUUGCCUGUAUUUCACGCUGAUAAUCUCAAGACAUGGAAACCCCCUUUCCGCACAAGAUCCUCCUCUAAGCGCUCACGCCUACACCCGUCUUCCAAUGACUCCCCUGCCAUCAAAUUUCCUCAGUCACCCCUCCCCCAAGCAUUGCCAUUGCCCAAUCAUCAGCUCCCGGCGCGGCCCCCAGCUGAGUCUCCGUCUCAGAAGCCAUCCAGGCUGCACUCUGCCACCACGCCCGCCACAUCAUCCGACAUGCAGCACGCAGAGCGUCUAGAACAGUCUCUGAGAAACAGAGCUGGUCCAUCAUCAAAUUCGGACCUGUCCACGUCACCCGAAGUUCACAAUGCCACUGAUGCCUCAAUUGAUGUGCCUUUUUUCCCAGAGGACGCCUUGACUUAUAUAUCAUCACCCAACCAACAAAAUGGCAUUCCGAUCGACCCGGUGAUCCUCACCAACAAUGGCCCCUGGGAGGCAGAAGAUGAACGACAGCAUAUUCAUGCGGAUGUUGAUGCCAAUAGAAACUCUAACGCAUAUCCUGAAGCGCAGGAAGGAAGCUCUCGGUUGGAUGGCCCGCCGCACAACCAGUCACACGCACAAGUAUCUGCCAAUAACAACCCUGAAGCCCACAUUCGUGCGUCCAGCAACCCCCGCGAGGUCCCAACCAGCGGACAACAGUCGAAACGCCGCAAGCGGAAGUUACAACAGUUGCAUGGACAACCACAACAGUGCAAACGGGUCAGAGGUUCUUCUGCAACCGCCUCGGAGGAGCAUUCUUUCUCAUUGCUUCGUUCUCACUUCACAUCUGUAUUAGUUGAUGAAUGCUUACAAUUUCUUACAUGGCUGUUUGAAGGCGCACUACCACGCUGUAUGUCUGAAUUCGACCUGAGAGUGUCUGAGUGUAUAGCACAACCGACACAUUACGUAUCUCAGCCAGCUGAUUCCACUGCGCUUCCUGAAACCUCUCGGAAAGGCAUGCCGUGGUCAUCCGAAGAAAUAGAGCUCCUUCUGAGGCUGAGGAGAGACGAGAAACGAGCUUGGUCGGAGGUGACAAGGUUAUUUUUGGACCAAUUUCCAGGCCGGAGCCGGGGCUCCAUUCAAGUAUAUUGGAGCACGACCCUCAAGAAUAGAGCACGUUAA